GGGGAAGUGUUACCAAAUGGGCUUCACCAAGGCCGUGCUGGGGAUGAAGACCUUCUUGGCUUGGUCUAGCUGGUUCUGUGGGUUUUGGUUCAUGCCGGACCACUGAGAUCAAUGGGUCCCGCAGGAAGAAGCAAAACAGCUUUUUAUAGGCUCAUCAGGGCCUGAUGGGGAACACAUCUGAAAAAAAUGGCCAGAGAAAAGGGCACAGGACAAAUUUAGUUAUAUUCCAUCCUUAAUUUUAUUCUCACUCUGGGAGGGAUCUUCAAGAUCCACUCUUCCGUUCCCCUACAAUAUGCCAAAAUCUUAUUUUUACACUACCUUGGACAGAUGUUUGACAUUUCUUUAACUUUUUGACAUUUCUUUAACAUUUUGGGGUGGGGGAUGGGAGGCUCAGUGUCUCAGAGUGCACGUCCAUGCCCACCCCCCUUUGCUGGACAGCCCUAAUGAUUAGAGUUUCUCAAAUCCAGUGAAAUUGGGUUUCUAGAACUUCAAUUCUUUGUUCUUAGCUCUUCGGUCCUGAAGUGACCCAGAAAAUAUUCCAUUUUUGUUGUUGCUCCACCCAGUGCUUCUUACCUCUCAACAUUUAACCCUUACUUAAUUGUUAAUGGAUCAAACUUGAUUAUUGUGAAUAUUAUUGCCAGAGACUUAGCAAAAGGAGCAGGAGACAUUUUGAAUCUUUGAAAUGAUGCACGUAGUAAAGCUUAGCCAUAUGAUUUGAGUCUGAGGUAUUUCAUUUUCUACCUUCUUUAAACUUAUCACUUGUAUAUACAAAAGCUCAGAGCUGUUUGGGACUCUCAGAUGUACAUACAUACUCAGGGGACACACCCAGUUGCUCCCCACAAGGUCAUGGUUAAGUCAGUUUAAUACCAGACACAGAGGCUUCUAACUUGGCCACCUGGGGGUUGUCCCUUAACUUGGUCCAGAGUUCCUGUAGCUCGUGCCUUCACACUGUUACCACCUGUCAUGGUAACUAUGGGAACAGGCUGCCAGUCGCUGUAAGCUGGGUCUAGUUGCCUUGCCGGCAGGUGAUCUGGAUGUCAAUCCCUUGAGGGAGCUCAUCAUCCUUAACCAGUACAGGACGGGGGUCUUCUGACCAGGAGCUUCCCGUUUCCAAUCCUCUUCCCAGUCCUGCCCAGAUGACUCUGAUUUCUAUUUAGUGAUCAAGGGAGCCCAAAUGUGGUUCUGAUUAGUAGCUUAAUGAAUUCCCGGCACCCCACCCCAAACACAAUGUCUCAGGAUCGAACUUGGUAAGGCUUUGGUCCCUGGCGCUGGCUAGGUAAACCUAAUUGGAAGGUUCACUGAUAGGAAGUGUAAAGAUAAAACUACAAAUCCUCGUGGAUGUUGCUGUUUCUCUUCCCUUUUAACAAAAUAUUUGGAUCGACAUUUCCUUUCCUGUUGUGAAAAUGGUGUUUUCCUGGAACUAAAGCGGACUCCUCAGCCCCUAGUGCCGUUGGCCUUAUGUGGGUGUGGCCGUUUUUGUGUUUUCUGAGCCUAUUUCAUGAAUUUGGUCUUCGAACGGGAAGAAAAAAAUGGGAGCCCUUUAGGCAUAGGUUGAAACUGGUGGCAGAAAUCCUGGGGUAGAUUCAAACACUGAACAGGAAGAUAAAGGGGCUGUGGUCCUGUCCCAACUUUGCUGUGGGGCCAUGGUUAGGUCCCUUGUCUUUUUCAAUGAACUUGGGGGUUUUCAACCCCUGUGUGGCUCUGAAAUGAUAUUGUUCCAAGAUCCUAACAUUCCUAUCUUGAGAAAUCCUUGGCUCAUAGCUAGUUUAAUCCAUAAAAAUUGGUAGAAAAGUGAAAUAAGGCAACUUGUUGCACUGAAACGACCAUUUUAGAGGACCGAGGACCCAGGUAGUUUCUUCUGCUUCAUCCACUCGGAGAUUUCUUAGGCAUGGGGUUUGCCGGCUUCAUCAUCUAAUAGCAAUGAGCACUCACGCAGCUCUGGGGAGAAAAUAAAAAGGUUUGACUUGUAAAACACAAAGAAGCCAGCUCAGAUGAGGAGGGGCAGGCCACCUAAGGCUGUCAAGACUGAGAGCAGCCAAGCAACCCAACCAGGCUCAGGGAGAAACUCAGCAGGUCCUGGGAAAGGAACUCCACCCUCUUUGCAAGGAGGGAGACCCUGCAGCGUGAGGGUGUGGCCUUCAAGGUGUGGAUGGGAGCCAAUGAGGAACACAUUGAGAGGAGGAAAGGGAAGCUAGUAGGAGGAAAGGGCAGAGGAGGGAGCAAAUGGGGACUGCCUGUGUUCCCUAGGGCCCCUGUGUUGGCACAAAGAAGAGAGGCAAAUGGAAAGCCUAGAAGAGGGAGAAAAAGCAAAGUGAACAGGGAAAGGUGAAGGUGGUGAAAAAGCAGGAAGUGUGAGGAUGUUGCCAUUCCUGAGUCUCUCCCUCCUGUUUGGGGACCACACACCCUUUGUGUUUCAGGACACUCCUCAGGUUCAAACAUUCUGUUCACUGUGCCCGGUGAAGAAUCUUAAGUUGCGCAGGCACACAUGUUGGUCAAUACACCCUUGGUAUCAUUUGUGUUUCCAUGGAAUACUUGUGCCAAUAGAGCAGAGAUUUUCCCGGACAUUUCUCAACACUUUUCAGAAGGAUCAGAUCAGAGCUGAGAGCCAAAUGAGGUCCUUGAGACUUAGACUUCUUCCUUCAAGUAAUCAAAGGCCCCUCCUCAACUGGCUGGAGCUAUAGGGUAUCGGAGAGAGGAUUCCUAUCCUGAAACAAUGAGUCAGGCCAGUGGGUGUGUUCAGAGAGAGCUGAACACAGCUCAGAGAGAGCUGAGGCCUGGAGCUUCCCUUUGCUUUGUGAUUCCGUGAGGAGGGGACUCCGUGCUGAGGGUGAGGGGCAGGACGGAAUGUUUGGAGCUCAUCUCAGGGUUUGCAGUGUGGGAGUGGGUCUGGGCCUGUGUGGCCAGGCGGGAAGAAGCAGUGGCCCUUAAAAAGACCCUUGUUUUUGCCAGUGGCACUGUUCUCAGGGGGCUGUGUUGACACCUUGACUAACUAGGAGGUAGCAGGGGAACAGGGUAGUUUGAGAACUUCUGCUUAACUCUAAUACAGGAGCGAGAUCACCCUGGAGCAGAAGAAGCCAUGCCUAGAUGGCGGGAGAUGAUGGGCUUCAGUUCUCAUUCCGCUUUCCCUCUGGGGACUCCAUUUCCUCCUUUGUCCAGGGACUGGACUGAAUAACUGAACCACCUCUGAACUUCUAAACAACCAAUUGCCCUAAAAAGUGACAAAACUCACAGCCCACCCAGUGCUCUCUGGGCACCCCUCACCCCCUUGAGGGGGCAGCGCCCCUCCCAGUUCGUUGCCACCCUUCAAGGCUGCAGCUUUGCUGGUUGAAGCAUGUUGCCGCCAUCUACUGUCGACCCGCCCAAGCGCCGCUGGGCCCGGGCCACACCUUGAUUUUCUUUCCAAACCCUAGUUAUUAUUUUGGCAACCUCUCCCUUGAAGACGUUCUGGCCGCCAGAGAGCUCCUCUUUGACAGAAGCAUAAGACACUGCUGCUUCCGUCCCAGCCCGCCUGGGAGAGACUUCGCCCAGGGCCUGACCAGCUGCGGUCUGGGGGCGUGGGCUGGCUGCCUCUUCGCAGCCCAAGCCUGGCCUCGGCCUUUGCAGAUGUGGCCCUGAUCCAUUCCCUCCCCGGACAAGGGGAAAUAAGAGAGACACUUGGAAUUCUCCUUGGGAGCAUUUGCAAAAGCAAGAUUCAUGCUAUUUGUUUGCCUUUAGCGUAGUUGCUGGCUCUCAGACUCUGCCAGAGAAGCCAAAAGCCCAUUUCGCUGGCUGAAGCCUCUUGUUUUUACAUAAUUGAGCAACCAGCCACCGUAUAGUCUUUGCUCUGUGUCAGGCGUGGCCCUUUAAUCCUCACAUUAACCCUAUGAGGUCUACAGAUUGCAGUUAACAAGCAUGGAGUCAGCAAAUCACCAUGUUGUAUACUUUAAAUGUCUGACAAUUUUUAUGUGUCAAUUAGACUUCAGUAAAAUGGAAAUUAAAAAAAAAGAAAAAAAGAAGUGGCAGAGUCAGGAUUUGAACAGCAAACCUGCGCACGUUACCAUUAGGUACUGCCUCUCUAGGAGCCGUGGACCAGGAAGGUUUUGUGAUUUUCCCAAAGUCAGCAGCUGGUCAGGCUGAAGUUUCAUGAGAAACUGGUUUUCUAAUAAGUGCUCUUUCUUCUUCUUUGUAAAAUAACAUGCUUGCCCCCCCAGCUCCGCCCCUUAGCCCCUCCUCCCUAACUAUGUGAGAGGCUGUAUUAGUCUGUCUAUACCAGAGCCCAUAAACACUACCCUUUCCACAGUCGCCCCGUUUAUGAUAGCCAGCACUUGGAAGAUGCAGUCCCCUUUUCCCAGGAUCAUAAAAAAAAAAUAGAUGUUUUCCUUGGAGCAAUGAGAUCUUUGUUACUUUUGCUGCUAGAUGGCUGAUGCUUCUCCAGGUCAUAAAAAUGUCUCUGCACUUAAAACAAUAGGCGUGGCCUGGUGUGUCUACAGUGAGGAGCAGUCCAGAGUUCUCGCCUCCCACAUCAAGUGUCAGAUAUCCCGAGGCAGGAGGAAAUGGUUCUUUAGGAGCUUUCUCUCCACACAUUUCCCACGGAGAAAUUAAUGCCCCCCUUCCCACCCCUCCGUGAAAACAAUACUUAGAAUGGAAAGUACACUUGAUAUCAAACAACAAUAACAAUGGCCAGAGAAGCGCAUCCAAGGUCUCAUCCACUGGCCUGACUUGAAUCCCAGCCUUUUCCUCCUCCCGGAUGCAUCCUCUGUGGCUGCUCCAGGAGAGAGUAUUUCCUUUUCUCCCUUUGUGUGAAGUGGACAUCCACUUUGCCCACGCAAACGCUCCCCGUUGGGAAACAAACACAUCAAACACAAACCAACAAAAGCAAAAUUGACCUGCAUGUGCGGAGGCUGGGAAGACAUUCGUGCCACAGCCCUACUCUGUGUCCUUAGGGAGCAGCCGCUGCCGGAGUUUCGGGUGUCAUGCUGAGGAAGGUGGCAGGGACACGCAGGCUGACUCAUGGAGAUCAUAUGACCAGGAGCAGCUUGGCAUUCAUGGUCUCUUGUGCCUCGGAGGAAGCAGCCUGCCUUCGGUCAGAUGGUGACUCCUAACUCACCAAAUCAUCAAAAAGCCAAGAUGUUGGUAUUACUGGCUGGCAUCUUUGUGGUCCACAUCGCCACCGUCAUUAUGUUAUUUGUUUCCACCAUUGCCAAUGUCUGGGUGGUUGCAGACAGAAGAAGUGCAUCAGUAGGUCUUUGGAAAAACUGUAGCGACGGUAGCUGUGAGGGACUCCUGCCAUAUGGCGAGGACGAUGCACUCAAGGCAGUGCAGGCCUUCAUGAUCCUUUCCAUCAUCUUCUCCGUCAUCUCCCUCGUGGUCUUCGUGUUCCAGCUCUUCACCAUGGAGAAGGGAAACCGCUUCUUCCUCUCGGGGGCCACCAUGCUGGUGUGCUGGCUUUGCAUUAUGGUCGGAGUGUCCAUCUACACUCAUCAUUAUGCAAAUGGUGAUAGAAGUGGAUUCAUCCAAAGCCACCACGGCUAUUGCUUCAUCCUGACCUGGAUCUGCUUCUGCUUUAGCUUCAUCAUUGGCAUUCUCUACCUGGUCCUGAGAAAGAAAUAAGGCUGAACAAGUGUAUGGGGAUCUGGGGUGGGGGGUGGGGAGGAGGGAGCUGUGGAAUCUGGGAGGGAAGUGAAAGUUGCUCUGCAGGAAAAGCCAAGCCAGGGGAGGGGGGAGGGGAAGGGGGGACAUGAGGGUGGGAGAGGCUGAAACCCAAACCUUUACUCAGGAGGUUUUCUACUGUCAAGCCCCUGCCCUUGGGAGAAAACAGUUGGCUAGAGCUUCCAUGCUCCCUUGAUGUGGGCCAGAGAGCCUCUCUCCAGCCACCAGUUCUCAGUUACACACACACUGUGGGAGGCCAGU